AUGUCUGAGAGUGAUGUAACUGCGAUGAAGGAGACGCUUCGUGCGCAGCAGCAGCUUCUGCAGAAGCUGUAUGCGGAAUUGGAUGAGGAAAGGGAGGCGUCUGCGACUGCGGCUAGUGAAGCGAUGGAUAUGAUACUAAGAUUGCAAGGCGAAAAGGCUGCGGUGAAGAUGGAGGCGAGUCAUUAUAAGAGAAUGUCGGAGGAGAAGAUAGGUCACGCGGAGGCGACUUUGGAGGUUUUUGAAGAGCUUAUGUAUCAGAAGGAAAUGGAAAUUGCUUCUCUUGAGUUUCAGGUUUAUGCUUAUAAGCAUAAGCUUCUAACACUUGGUGCUGAUUUUAAUGCUAGUGAGUUUGAGUUUCCGGAAGAUCUUCUCUUGAAUCGAAAUGAUCAAUCGGGAGAAAAUGGUCAGAGUAGUACUAUAAGAAGGCUUAGUUCAUUGCCGCCUCUUCCGUCUAAGAAUACUUUGCGAGCUAGCCGAAAGAGAGAUCGAUCGCCGACUCCACUUCCAGUUUCAGAUAUGAUUCCUAAUACACUUGAAGGCAUGGAGCAAGAUGUCAUUUCUCCGAAAAUGGAUUUGCCAACGAGAAAACCUAUGGACUUCACAUUCGGAACGCUUGAUUCAUAUUGGAACCAAAUCCAAAGGUUAGAUGAAAAAGUGAAUGGGAUAUCGGAUUGUAAAGAAUCGGGAGUCGAAAAAUUUUCAAACCUGAGGAGUAGAAGAGGGAGAUCGUGUUCGAUAUUUUCACAAGCUAGCAACAAAUAUAGAGUAUCUAUUACUCCUAAUGCCGAUAGAGAAAAUCACGUCGAAGGAACACACGACACAGAAUCAGUUGCUAGUCCUUCUUAUUCGGUUAACGUACACGAUGUAUUUGAAGUUCCGCAAACAAAUGAAAAGCAUGAAGAGAUUGAACAUGGGAAAAGAAGACUUGAGAAAUGGAUUUCAGAAGUAGAUUGCAGAUUGAUAAAACCAGACUCUGUGUCCGAGGAAAUCAUUGAAUCGCAUGUUAAACACGAUAUGGAGAAGCUAAAGAGUAUGAUGCUUAACACGCGUCAUGAAAUUAAAAAAACAAAUCAGAAAGAUACGAAGAAUGUUGUCGAUUCCAAUGCUGAAGCCGAGUUUCAAAAGUUGCAUCAGAGAAUCGAUAGGCUCGAGAAGGAGAGAGUUAGUACAAGGCAAGAAGAGAUUAAGCGUGACGGCUAUGGAGAAGAGCAUUUGAGAUUGUUGAAGGAUAUUCAGAGUCAACUCAAUUCAAUACAGUUAGAGAUGAGAAGCUGUAACAAAACCAAAAGAGCCCCUCCUAAGAAGGACGAGGAUGUUUCUUUAGGAACUCUUCUUCCCGAGGCAAUGCUGUACUUUUGGAUGUGA